GUGCAUGCCCUGAAUACGCGGUCCAGUUUCUUAUAUUCGAGUCGAGCGUUUGCGAGAUGUUUCAGUUGAGCAAAUGCUGUUUGGUGCUGUGUUUUAAAUAAUAGAUGAACGAGUAUUAUACCCAAGUGAAAAGACAUGCGUUGGUGGCCUCGCCAGCGUCUGGGAGGUGUCCUCCUAGUAUAUUUUAUAAGCGUACGGUUAGUGUGCUCGUUAAAGAAUGCAUCUGAGGAAGGAAUUCCGGAAAUGCGGUCCAAAUUUUCGAGCGACGACCGACUGUUUGAUUCGCUAAUGCGUAACUGCAAAGUGCCUUCGAUUACUUGUAUACAAAAGACACUUUACGACCACCUCAAUGAUGUUUUAGAUCGUGCAGACAAUUACGAAUUAAACGGGUUCGUCACAUUUACGAAAAACAAUGCAAGUUUCGAUGGUGACAAUGUUACCCUUGCGAGACGCGAUCGUGCCGAAGAAAUCGGAAAUAAAGUAUUACGGUUCAUAUUGACCCACAAUGUGCAAAUUCAAAUGCCCGAACUGAUGUUCGAAGGGUCAACUCUCGAAAUAUCGCCGAGAAGUGUAGACGGGUCCGGUUUGAUUACUAAACUUGAGUUAAUCCCAAAGGUUGUAAGGAAAGAGCUGGGAAGUCCGAGGAUCUUCUUUAAGAAAAUAAAAAAAUUCAUUGGCGAAAAACUGAUGCAUGCCCUACUAGCCAUCGUGUUGGUGAUCGCGUUGCUUCUUAUCAAAUUCUUAUUCUUCCUUCCUUUGGUGGCCGGUGUAGCGGUUGCAAAGAAAGUGUUGGUUAAAAUUCUAUUAUUCUUCUUUCCAUUUCUAUCUCACCUAUUCAAGCUUUGCCCGUAUGUUGACCAUACAAAUAGCUUAACGAAGUUCCAUCACCACCAUCAUCAAAUAUCUCAUCUUCAUCACGUACCACCGCUUCACCAUCACCUUCCCACGGAGCAUCAUCCGCCACAUGAUCCCCAUCAGUCUUACGACAUUGGCUUUGAGUACUAUGGACACGGACCGGAUAUAUCAGAAGGUUUUCUUCAUCGUAAAACCGAUCCACCGCGUACAGUUCUUGGCGAUCAAAAUCAGGUACACAGUUGGACAUCAAAUCGAGUCAAAAAACCGCAAAUGAACAGCCCAUUAACACCUGCGGAGAUAGAGGCGUUAACUUCAAAGGCGGAAAGAGAAACAGUGUUAAAGGUACGGCUGCAACAGGAGCACAACCGAGUGCAAGCGGAAAACAAGCAACUGCAAGACCAAAUCCAGCAAAACCUACAGAUUCAAGAAAAAUUAAAGCAUCAGGUUCACCACAUGCAACUAAAAGGCGGACGUUACACGCAGGGUGCAUCAACUGGGGCCGUUUCAGGUGUGGCGGUACCCAGUCAGAUUAUAGUAGCACCACCGAUCGCAGAACCGUUAUCUCAAAAUCAAGCACCCCGUAUAAACAUAGCGGUGAAGAAGACCUACGAUCAGUUUUACAGCCCGAUUUUGGAAAAAAUUGACAAAAUCUUGACCGGCAUUCGUUUCACGGAAGAACCGUGCAGGGAGCGAAUAAUAUGUAGCAUGUACAAGAAUCCGAUGAAGUUUACACCACAUAGCAAUCUCAUAUCGGCACAAUUAAGCAGGGAUUCAAAUGAAUUACAAAAGCCAGCAACCACCAAUCCAGACGUUAUACGAUUUUAUAAAUACGUGCAGGCGGCAAGGGAUGGGCAAGACAAAAGAGAUUGUUUACGACUAUAUCCGGCGUGCGCGAUCAAUACGGAGCAAUAGAAGAUAAGAAGUGCAGUACUUCGGAACAGAUAUUAGUAUAGAAUGGUACCCAUCCAAUGGGACUAAAUUGUAAAGAGGUGUGAUGUAUUAAAUUUACUUAUCUAUACAAUCAUGCACAUUACGUUAAGAGGAAAUAUUUUCAAAAUUGUACCGUUUGAUACAGAAACAGGAUUUGUACUCAAAAUUUGGUUUCGUUAAAAGAUAAAUGUUCUAUUUAAAUGUUUCUAGUCACUAGUUACAAUGCGUUACUAAUAGCAAAUGUCUUUUGUAUUUAAUUAAUUAAUUUAUUUAUUUAUUUUCUACUGUUAAUUAUUUGAGGCAUUAACAUUAAGGCAAAUACAAAAAAAUAUUAUGUCAAUUGUGUAGUUUUUAAUGACUCUAGAAUAUGAAUUGGGUCUCCCGCUUAAGAUUUGCCCUAGGGACUGCAAAAAAUUUACGUCGGAAUGUCAAUCUUAACUUACAAUGAAAAGACGCCACGUUAGGCUGGAGGGUCUCGGAAAGCGUCCAAGGAGGUCGCGAAAUGCAGAAGAGAAAUUAUGAACAAUAUGUUUAAUGGAGGGUAACAUGAUAAUCAAAUAUUAGUCUAAUUUGUCCUCGAGCGGAGGAAAGAAGUGGAAAUACAACAUUCAAUCUUACUUGUUUUUCCGACCAAGCGAAAGCAGUUCUAGGACCGAGUUCCAGUCAGGUGCAAAUCGUUUACACUUAAAAUAUAAUCAUGACCUCUGAACUAAACAAGAACAAAGCAAUCUGGGCCUCAAUUAAGACCAUUUUAAGCUCCUUGCGAGGCUUUCUUUCGGACACCCAACAUUUUCGAACAGAGUGGUCAGGUGGGUCUGAGAAAAACCAUUCAAUAAACCUACUGAGUUACUUCUACAGCUUAGGGAGAAUGAUUCUCAUUCACAUGCCCUGUCGGUUUUUCUUAUUCGCAGGCACCCCAGGAAGACUAGAGCGUUUUUCCCUUUUGUUUUCGCUCGAAAACCAAUCAUGGUACAUUUCAAACAAAAUUAUCAUUGUAGUGAUGUUAUUAAUUAUUAUAAAAUCAACUAUGUAAUAUGUAAACUAAAGUGUUCCUGCU